ACACAGGAUGUUAUGAAAUCUGCACGGCUGGAACUUACUGAGAACACACUCUUUCACACACGCACACACACACACACACACACACUCCAUGUUACACUCACACACUCCUGGUGCAGGCAGCUGACGCUCAGCUCAGUCCCAGUCCUCUCCUCUUCUCCAGUGAAGAGCCUGCUGGUGAUCAGUCCUCACCAGGGUCGUCCAUUUCUGUGCGGCUCAGUCGUUCAUCUGCGCUGCUGUGGUUAGUCAUCUGAGGAGGAGACAGGGAGACAGGGAGACAGGGAGACGGAGAGAGGCACUGAUGGCUGUGACCGACGUUGCAGAGGAUGACCUGGACCAGAGGCUGCGUGAAGAAGCGGAGGACGUCUUCUUCGGAGACGGUAGUCCUUUGCCAGGAGUGUCGCCCCACAUCCCAGAGAUCAUGGCGGCCGGCACUCAUUCCCCCGGUGGCCCUAAUGGAAUAAUCCGCAGUCAGUCCUUUGCUGGCUUCAGCACACUGCAAGAACGACGCUCACGAUGUAACUCCUUCAUCGGGAACGGUGUAGUGCAGAAGAAGCCUCAGUCCAAGUCCAAGAAGUCUCACCUGUCUGGACACAAGGGAGGCAGCAGCUCCAGAGAACCUCAGCCCAAGAGACUGGAGGAGGUUUAUACUGCCCUCAAGCAAGGACUGGAAGAAUACCUGGAUGCACAUCAAACAGAACUGGACAAACUCAUGGUCCUGAUGAAGGACAUGAAGAGGAACUCUCGCUUGGGGGUGCUGUACGAUCUUGACAAGCAAAUUAAAACCAUCGAGAGGUACAUGAGGCGUCUGGAGUUUCAUAUGAGCAAGGUGGACGAGCUGUAUGAGGCUUUCUGCAUCCAGAGCCGUCUGAGGGACGGUGCCAGUCGAAUGAAGCAGGCCUUCUCCUCCUCUCCCUCCACUAAAGGCACCAAGGAGAGCAUCGCUGAGGUCAACCGCCGCUACAAGGAGUACACAGAGAACAUGAGCACAUUUGAGAGUGAACUAGAAAAUCUGCUCGGAGAGUUUCACAUCAAAAUGAAAGGGUUGGCUGGAUUUGCUCGGCUGUGUCCUGGAGACCAGUAUGAGAUUUUCAUGCGGUACGGCCGUCAGAGAUGGAAGCUGAAGGGCAGGAUUGAAGUGAACUCCAGACAGAGCUGGGAUGGAGACGAGAUGGUCUUCAUGCCUCUCAUCACAGACCUUAUCAACAUCAAGGUGACGGAGCUGAAGGGUCUGGCCACCCACAUGUUGGUGGGCAGCGUGAUCUGUGAGACCAAGGAGCUGUUCACUGCCAUGCCUCAGGUGGUGGCUGUGGACGUCAAUGACCUGGGGACCAUUAAACUGAACCUGGAGGUCACCUGGUACCCCUUCGAUGUUGAAGACCUGACCCUGUCGUCUGGAAACGUCAGCAAAGCCACGGUUCUUCAGAGACGCGUGUCCAUCUACAGUCAGGGAACACCAGAGACCCCCACCUUCCAAGACACCUCCUUUUUUUCCACCUUACCAGAUGAUGUCUUUGAAAAUGGUGGCUGUGGCGUGGCUGAAUGUAAGCGUCUCUCCUUCACCUUCUCUGACACCUCCUGCUCCACGGCCAGUCCGGCCCCAAGCUCCCACUCCCGUGGUCAUUCCAACCCCGAGAUCACUGUCACUCCUCCAGAGACAGAACAAUCGUCUGCACAAAGCCUUCCAACCAGAGAGGACUCCAUCGCAGAGGAGCAUUUAGAGGAGGAAGAGGAGGAGGAGGAGGAAUAUCAGGAGGAUGGAGACACGUGCAGUCGAGGAAGCAGAAUCACCAGUGGCAGCCUGGCCAGUGAUGAAGUAGAGGCGACAGACUCUGAAUGGGAGCGGACAGAGUCUCAGAGAAAUUCCGGCUCCAUCUGUGGUUCGGCUGCUCCGUCUUUGUGCUCUGACAGCCACCUGUCCACCGUGGCUCCAGAAGAUGUUUUCCUGGACCACGCUGAUGACCUGAAACCUGUGGAAUUGGACACAGAUGAGGCAGGCAGCCUCACCAGGCAGCUGGUGAGGAGGCUGACUUCUUCUGAAAUUGUGCCCCCUAGCGCUAGCUCCACUGAGAGUGGAGGUAGUCUGAGCUGGGCGGGAGAGGGGAGCAGAGCUUUCCUGGAGAGCAGCCUGGAGGAGGCCAUCCACAGCCUGCUGAUGAGGCUGGAGUCACUGACCCAUCGCUGCCGAGAGCUGCAGGACCUGGAGCAGGAAGUGAUGCGUCUGGAGGACUUGUUGAAGUGCCGACUCCCAGGCCACAGAAGCAGAUCGUCCAGCCUUAGUCUGACAGUAGAGAGCGCUCUGGAGAGCUUUGACUUCCUUAACACAUCUGAUUUUGACGAUGAGGACACUGGAGACGACAAUGGCGUCCUCAGCCUCCCUCCACAGAGGUCGCCCAUAUUUGAUGCAGAUGGGGAAAGGAUCGGGGUUCAGCAUCCAGAAGCCAGGGGACACCUGAGUGAAGCCUUGACAGAAGACACCGGGGUGGGCAACAGUGUGGCAGGAAGUCCCCUCCCUCUUACAACGGGUAAUGAGAACCUGGACGUGGCCAUCGUCAUCCACCUGCAGUACUGCAAUCACCUCAUACAGCUGCUGACCAGUGGUCCCAGUGUGUGGCAGCGCAGCAGUCUGCUCCUCAAACUGACCAGACAGACUCAGCUGUUAGAGGACUUGGCAGAAAUCAGUGUGGACAGACUGGGAGCCAUUACAUCUGCAGCUGAUGUCCUACCAGGACUUGCCGAGCGUCCAGAGUUGAUGACUCUGUGGUCAGAGUGCAACGGGUCUGCAGGACUUUUCCACACCACACUGGACCGAGUGAUCAAACACAUGAAGCAGUGUUACACGGGGGUGCUGCAGGAGAGACACCCCCACAGCACUGACUCAGUGAUUAGUAUUGUAGUGGGUGAGAUGGUGGACAGGAGCGACCUGGUGACAUCACACACUCCUCCUGCCUACACACAGGACGUCCUGACCGUGUUUCAGUUCCAUAGCUACAUCCUGCAACAUGCGGUCCAGAACAUGGGGAGCCAUCUGCUGGACCUGGCCAGAGAGGAGGUGUUCACGGAGACUCUGAUCAUUGGAGAUUAUUCUCAGUGUCUGGUGGAGAUGGAGGCGGUGCCUGUGUCAUCACUGUGGCCUAAAAACAGCACGCUCAGAGCUCUGGCCUCCCUGCUCACGGCCGACCAUCCUCAGGUCAACAAGGCUGCAGCAGAAUACCUCUGUUCAGGAGCGUCACACAGUCACUUCAGGACAAGAGCUGUAGAGUUCUACACUCAGGCCUUAUCAGAGGCUGGAGGUCAGAGUCAGAGAGCAGCUUGUUCGGCUCUCAGCUGUCUCCAGGCUGUGGAGAGCAUCAAAGCUGUGGUGGCGCUCUGUGACUCAGCUGAUGAGGAGCUCCGCCAUGUCGCCAUAGAAACCCUGCUCACAUUUGGUGAUGAGGGACGACUGGCCUACGAGCAGCUGCACACAGUCUCCAGGGAGAUGAUGCGUCUGGGCACACGCAGAGGAAACGCUGUGACCACGGCCUUCUGAACAAUCUGCUCUGAAAUCAGAGAUAACAGACACACGUCUGAGGCUGACCUCUGAGGACAAUGGUGUCGCACCGUAAACCUCACCAGGCUGAUGGUCACUUUACUCUGAUCUUAUCGGAACAGACCUGAGGACUUCUACUCACCCGCUCUCCCCUCCCACAGUCACCCUGCCUCCUGAGCCACUCACACUGGUAACUCUCACGUUUUACUGUCACAGGACACAAAACCACUGAAAGUGCACUGUACUGGGAAAUGGAAGACAGACCACACACCACUGCUCACAUCACCUCUCUCGCCCUUCCACUAUUGGAUGAACGUUUUAGCUGUUACAGAUUCAACUGUGUAAUACUUUAACAAUGCCUUUUUUUGUUGUCACAUGUUAAAGUUGGUGAAAUGUUUCAAGGGUGAUUCCGGAAAACCUGGCACUGUUUUAAUGUAUGUAAAUAAGGCCUGCUAGACACACACACUGUUAGGUGCAUGGUUGGCUUUCAAAAUGUGUGUGUGGGUUUUUUUAUUAUUAUUAUUUUACUUGGUACGUUCUAUUUUAUGUUCAGGGAUUAUGGAUGAAAUGUGUUUUGUAGAAUCACGGUCCAAUCACAGAGUGGCUUCAGAGAGGAGUGAGGCAAAUGUGGUGGAAAAGCACUUUGCUGUUUCUGAACGGCUCCAGAGUGAAAGGAACGUCUGCUCAGAAACUUUAACCUCAGCUCUGGUUUCUCAUUCUUGCAGUUGAAUAAGUGCAAUUUUUCUGUACAUAUCUAUCAUGAACGUUGGGCUCUGACCAUGGAGGUCAAGCAGGCAAGUUCCACAUUUCUCUUUUGUAAAUGAAUAUUUCCAGGUGUGGAGCCAGCAGAGGGCGAUACAUUCAGUUUUUAGCAGCAUCCAUCUGACAAUGGAGGAGAAGGAGGAUUCUGUAGGGGCAGCAUGGGAUCUAGCUGAGCUCACAUGUGCUGCGUCUGGUACGUCUGUCUGGGUAUUUUCUUUCUGACUGUAAAUGUGAGCACAGUGACCUGAGGAAGGUACUAAACCACUUCUCUCAUUCUAACUGUACUACUGAGUCCAGUGAGAUGAUAAAACUCGCAGUUUUUAUCACCACUUAUUUAUUAUUUACUCCUUGUAAUUCUAAUAUGCUUUAUUGUUCCAGUGCCGGUGACUUUGUUUUGUAAAUAUUUGAUUUUUGAUGCUAUGUUUCGAAGAUUUCCACUUGUGACCAUGCGACUGAUUUAAUGCUUAACUUAAAGGGGAGUUUAUUUUGGAGAUAAUGUUAAAUACUAUUAUUUUGGAGAAGAUUAAGAUUUGCAUAUAGUCUUAUAGUGUUACAGUGUUUUGUUUUUCUUAUACAAGGCCCCAAGCUUCAGUAACUAUAUAUACUUUUAUGAGAUUACCUGCAACCAAAGGAAGAUAGCUCGUAAUUCAUCUGGGACAAUGUUUUUAAAAUAAAACUAAGAUAAAAAAAAAAACAAAGCACAAGGUUAACCCACACUCCAGCAUUAGGCCAUAACCGCUAAGUCCAAAGCCAUAUAAAUCAAACUUCAAUAAAUCAUUUCUAUAAAUUCUAUAUUUUAAUACCUGUAGGUAUGAAGUUGCUACUGAAGCCUAAUCUUUUUUCUAAACAGCCUUUUCCAAAAUAAAGUUCAUGUGUUAAACAUCCUAUACAGUAUAUUAAUCUGGUAUCAGACUCACCUGCUCAGCAUAUUUUUUAUUCUUUCAGACUUGCAGUUGACCAGUGUUACUUUUUACUUCUAAACACUGCAGAGUACAAGCUGAAUUAAUUGUUGAUUUUUGAUUAUUACUACUGGGCAGUUCUCCCUAUACUGAGCUUAGUCAUGUCUGGUCAGUGGCUUCAGUACUACUGCUCUUUGUGGUUAGCAUUUCCUCUGCUCAAGCUGCAAUAAAUUUUAUUUUUGCACAAGUUA